AUGUCCAUACAAAAUUCCAAAAGAUUAGGCUUAGUGAAAACCGAAUUGCCACCUUGUUGUGUCAGAAUUUGCCCGUCUGAUAAUUCAGUUAUUAUCUUGGGAACUUAUAAGCUAGAGGAUGAUAGGACAAGACAUGGAUCAAUUGACGUGUAUGAGUAUGAUGAGCAUAACGGUAAUGAGUUAAGAAUUUCAAACCAGUAUAAAGUAGGAGGUGCUGUAUUAGACUUGAAAUUCCAUAGCAAGAAUGAUUCGAUAUUAAUAUCAGCUCAUUCGACUGGUAACUUAAUAUUUUGGAAAGUGGAUGCUGCAAAUAGGACCUUAUCUGAGUUGAAAAAUUAUCAAGUAUUUGACAAAGAGACUUUAAUAACGUCUAUUUUUUGUUCACCAAUAGACGAAAACCUAUUAUUAGCUACUGCAACAACCGGGGAGUCGGCAUUGGUUAAUAUUUCAGAUUACUCGAUGCAAUUAUUAGACACUGUUCAUGAUCUUGAAUGUUGGACCGGGUCAUUUGGUGAGAUUGGCGAGUUAGCGCAAGUUGUGUUCACAGGUGGUGACGAUGCAAAAUUGAUAGCUCAUGAUUUGAGAACCAAAGAGAGUAUUUGGGCCACAGGACACCGCCAUCAUGGUGCAGGCGUAGUUUCAAUUCUUUCACCUGGUCCAAAUUGGAAUAAUCAGAACAGUAAUCAUUUAUGGACUGGGUCGUAUGAUGAUAGUUUACGUAUCCUAGAUUUGCGAGUUAUAGACAAAGGGAAUCCCCUGUUAAUCCCAGGAUAUAUUCCAAAAGUGAUACAGGAAGAAAAUUUAGGAGGCGGGGUUUGGAGAUUAAUACCCAGUCCAUUACCAAAUGAUAAUAGAGUUAUGUCUUGUUGUAUGUAUGAUGGUGCUAGAAUAAUAGAAUCAGAAAACGGCAAAUUUGAAGUUAAUAGAUAUUUCAAAAAAGACCAUGAGAGUAUGUGCUACGGUGGAGAUUGGUCCAGUAGUGGCAAGUUUAUAGCCACAUCUUCGUUUUACGAUAAUGUAGUUCAAAUAUGGUCCCCGGAUGAGACAGAAUAA